UUUUCAUGAAAAAUACUUUUGUUGACAUUUUCAAUGCAAUGCCUGUGGUGAGACAGAUCAUACAUCAGUGUCCUUAUUUUAAAGAAGAUAUCAAACUUUAAAAACAUUUUCAAAAUUGUGUAGUUCCACAAUUAUACCUCUGAGCGCCGCUGUUCACCAAUAAGGAGAAAAAUAUGGAGCUGGAGAUCCACUCGUAUUUUUCUCAUCAUCACAAACUGCAGAUCGGAAAGAAGCAAUACAUUCCUUUUUGGACUCUCCCACUAUUAAACCACUGGAUUACAAACAUAUUUAUACCUAGGAAAAAUAUCACUGAAAUUUGGAAUGAUGAAAGGUGAGAUGAGAAACCAGGAUUCACAGAAGCACAAAGGAAUCAUUUGGCAAGUAAUGUUUUCCUUCUUAUUUUCUUGUCUUUAUCAUUCAGUCAAUGGAGAGCUUCAUUAUUCAAUUCCUGAAGAAAUGAGGAAAGACUCUGUUAUAGCAAAUAUUGCAAAAGACAUUGGAUUAGAUAUUAAUCAGCUCUCAUUUAGAAGAUUUCGUCUUGUUUCACGUGUUUCAGAAAAAUAUUUUUCUAUCAAUUUAAACAAUGGAAAUUUAUAUGUUAAAGACAGGAUUGAUAGAGAAACCCUGUGUGGGAGAGAGGCUACAUGUGCCCUAACCUUUGAUGCAGUUGUAGAAAAUCCUUUUAAUGUAUAUACUGUUAACAUUGAAAUUCAGGAUAUAAAUGAUAAUCCUCCAAUAUUUUUUCAUGCCAUUGUUGCAUUAGAAAUUAUUGAAACAAGUUCACUAGGAACACAUUUUUUUUUACAAAAUGCAGAAGAUCCAGAUAUUGGCAUUAAUUCUGUACAGACAUACAAACUCAGUGAAAAUCAGUAUUUUACAUUGAGUGAAAAAACCAGCAGUGAUGGCAGCAAAUUUCCAGAACUUGUCUUGGAGAAACCAUUAGACCGAGAGACACAAAAUACUCAUGAAUUAAUUUUAACAGCUCUAGAUGGUGGAAACCCAGUUAAAUCUGGUACCGCACUAAUAAAAAUUGUGAUUGCCGAUGCAAAUGAUCAUUUUCCCAUAUUUACCCAAGAUGUUUAUAAAGUAAGCAUACGUGAAAAUACCCCAAUCAAUUUUACACUGAUUCAUGUAACAGCAACUGAUAAAGAUGAAGGAUCUAAUGCACAUAUUACAUAUGCUUUAACAAAGACAUCAGAAAAUUCCCUUUAUGCAAGUAUGUUUAGCAUUCAUCCUACAAAUGGAGAAAUUAAAACAAAUCAAAAAUUGGACUUUGAAGUAGCAAGAAACUAUGAAAUACCAAUACAAGCAAAGGACAGCGGUGGUCUUGUGGCCCAGUCUAAAGUAUUAAUUGAAGUAACAGAUGAAAAUGACAACGCUCCUGAAAUAUCCGUUUCCUCAUUAUCUGCACUUAUUCCUGAAGAUUCAGCAUCCGGCACAAUGAUAGCGCUAAUUGAGGUCAUUGAUCAGGAUAUUGGUGAAAAUGGAGAGGUUGACUGCUAUAUCAUUGACAAAAUACCAUUUACAUUAAUACCAUCUAGUAGAUAUUAUAGAAUUGUUACAACAAACACAUUGGACAGAGAGAAAAUCUCAAGUUAUAACAUCACAGUUUUGGCAACUGACAGAGGAUCUCCUUCACUCUCCACUAACAGAACAAUUAGAUUGGAUAUAUCAGAUGUCAAUGACAACCCACCAAUAUUUAUGAAAUCAACUUAUAAUGUCUUUAUUUCAGAAAAUAAUUUACCAGGAGCAUCAAUUUAUAGUAUACAAGCUUCAGAUAUUGACAGUGGAGACAAUGCUAAAAUUAUUUAUUCAAUUUCCAGUUCAAAUACGGAAAACUUUCCAGUGUCAUCUUAUUUUUCCAUUAAUAUAGAAACUGGAGUGGUCUAUGCUCAGCGAUCAUUUGAUUAUGAGCAGCACAAGGAAUUUAUAGUUGAAGUAGCCGCAAAAGACUGUGGAUCUCCAUCUCUUAGCAGCAAUGCAACAUUGAUCAUCCAUAUUAUGGAUCAGAAUGAUAAUGCACCAAAAAUACUGUAUCCAUCACCAGAUAAUGGUGGUUCACCUUUAUUUGAGAUGGUUCCUUUUUCUUCAGAACAGGGUUCAUUAAUAACUAAGGUGGUUGCAGUAGAUACUGACUCGGGACAUAAUGCUUGGCUCUCUUAUCAUUUCAUACAAGUGUCAGAACCACUUCCCUUCAGCAUUAGUCAACAAACAGGUGAGAUCAGGAUAUCACGGGCCUUUCAAGAGAAGGAUAUAUUGAGGCAUAAGGUGGUCGUUCUGGUGAAGGACAAUGGAUUGCCCUCUCUGUCUGCAACUGUUACCUUAAGUUUCAUUGUUGCAGAUAAUUUUCAGCAGGCGGCUCCCAAACUCAACAAUCAACUCACUGAUGAAGAUUCACCAUCUAAUUUGCAAAUGUAUUUAGUGAUUGCCCUAGCACUGAUUACCUUUUUGUUCAUUUUAAGUGUUAUGCUAGUGAUCAUUUCAAAAUGUAAAGAAUCAAAAUCCUCUACAACCUUUGGAUCACUCAGUACAAAUUUAUAUUCUUCAGUUGAUCCCAGGAUGCUUUCCCAGUAUAGUAAUGGAACUUUGCCUCUGCCGUACUCAUACAAUGUUUGUGUUGCUUUGGAUUCCACUGAAAAUGAUUUUACUUUCUUAAAACCAAACGAAAAGGUCCCUGUGGAUAAUCUUAUUGAUGCUGAUGAUUCAGGACUCGAAAAUGAAAGUUUAAAAGACAGUUUAAACCAUCAGGUGAGUAAUUCAAAAAUAUUCAAUUGUAUAUUGUAGAUCGUUUUCAAAGUUAUUCUAAAAUUCUAAAAUGAUCUUUAAUAAAACAUCCUGUCAGGUGUGUAGUAAUCGGAGCACAGCGCAGAGAUGCACCUGAUCAGUUAGUAAAUGCAAAACCAGACAUUGGUGCAACAACAAUGGUUUGUUCCACUGAGCAGCAGUAGACACAAAUGUAGAAACAGUACCGUACAGCUAUCCAGGUUCUGGGAUAAGAGAGUAUCCGCAAAGUCCAUAUAAUCCAAAAAUGAGUAUCCAGUUAUAA